UAGUAUCAUAUCACGGAUUAUCAAAAGGGUAUCACCAACGAAAAGGGUAUCACUAAUCCGUCCAAAUAAGUGUACGCUACGUUGUCACUUUUAAUUGUGCUUAAAACCGUUGGAUUGUUAAGUAUUUUAUUUUUAAGUUCGAUUUCUAACACAUUUAGGUUUACAUAAUGGCCUGUAGAAUUAUUUUAUCCAGUCCACCUAUUUGUGCUCCAGGUGAUGCAAUAAAAGGAACAAUAAUAUGCAUAUUCGAAAAGGAAGAAAAAAUAAGAGGUAUAAAGUGUAGGUUUCGUGGACAGGAACAUGUUGAAUGGACGGUGGGCAGUGGAAGACAUAAACAAUAUAUUAACAAAAUCAGAAAUUUUAUAAAGGCUGACACCGAAUUUGUUGAUAAAGGUACUAUGAUGCCUGGAAGAUACGAAUAUAACUUCGAGUAUAUACUACCUCCAUCAGAUAUCCCAUCUUCUUUCGAUCAUGAAUUUGGUUCUAUCAGAUAUUUUUUAUACGCUUUUGUGGAUAGACCGUGGGCAUUCGACUACGAACAUGAAGUUGAAGUACAGGUUAUAGCACCUAUAUUACAUCCCCCUAACCAAACGAGACCAAUACCAGUUGAAGUCAACAACAAAUCACGGCUAUGUUGCUGGCCCAGUAAACCUUCAACUAUGGAGAUACAAUUAGAAAAAAACCACUAUGCAUUAGGAGAACCAAUAAACUUUAGGGUGCUCAUUAAUAAUAUGUCCAGUUCAGCAAUUAGCAACGUAUUGGUGCAACUAUCAAGGAAAAUGAAAUUCUCAGAUACUAGACGUAACCAUAAAAAAGAGAAAGUCAUUUUAGCUCAAACGGGGCGUACAGGUGUUCAACCAGGAUGCAGUCAAUUGUAUACAUUUAGUUUAGCAGUACCUCAAACUACCGUAAUUCCAAAUUUUACUGGCUGUCUAUUAUUCAAAGAAUGGUGUUCAUUAAAGGUGGAAGCAGUCUAUCCAUCAUUUCGUUGUAAUAUGGUCGCUAGAGAAUCUGUUAAUGUAGGUAACACAAUCCCAACACAAGAUGGUUUUCAAAUUAAUACUUUUCAGUAUAACGUACGUCAACACUAACCCCUUCAAGCCCUGAUCGCGACAUAUUGAAUCCAUUUCUGCAAAAAAUGAUGGUUAAGAAGAGACGUGCGCUAUGAUUGGGGAUUAGAGAUGGUCAUCUAGGUUACAAAAACAUUUGAAAAUGGACAGCAACAUAUUUUACCCGUAAGCGCGGGUAAAAGGCGUGAGUAACUAUGAUUUUUUAUAACUUAGCUUUUUUUUGGACGUAGGUAUGUUUGGAUCCAUUUUGAAUAAAUGAUAACGAGACUUUAUAUCAAACAAAAUAAAAGUAUUAGUGUUUAUGAGCUCUCUCUAUGAAUCCGAUAAUUGUUCAUUUAUUAUAGAAUUUUUUUAUUUUCUGUAUAAAAAAUUUUAAUAAAUAAAAAACUUGUUCGAAA